AAGCAGCCAAGAGCAAAAAAAUAUAACAUUUUUAUUCUUUUUAUAAAGAGACAUGCAAAGCAGACUAAGAGCAAAGAUUUGCCAACUGAUCUCUCAGUUGCCAAAGUAAGAGAAAAAUCAAGUUAUUAAAGUGGGAUAGACAGUACAUGGUGUAGACGGCAAACAAUGCCGGUCGUAAUGGUAUGGGUUAAAAGAAAGAAAACAACUUUUAUCUCUGAUAAAAGCGAUGAUAUUGGUGAGAAUAAUAGCAUGAAUGCUCGAACGAACCACAAAUGCCCUUACGUUUACGUAUCGUAGUAGUAGUAGUGGUGGUGGUAGUGGUAGUGGUGCCGACUGCUAGCUAGUCUUACUGCUUGUUUAACGGGAGGCCAACAACUACUACUAAUCGGUAUUUCCAUAAGCAGCGACAGUAAAAACAGUAAAUUCCAGAGCUGGCCGAUUAACGCAUUCAGUUGAAGGUGGAUCGCGUGCGCAAACGGUUCGUUGUAAAAGAAUUAAUAACUUAUGCGGAGUGGCAAACAACGAGAGCAUUUAUUACGAGUGAACUAAAAUUGAAAAGAGCAUUUGUGUCAAUUAAGUUUAAAUUCCGCAAAAGCAAUCGUCACAAAACGCGAUGCAAACGUUUCAAUUAUUCAAUCCAUUGUAAUUGUAUUGCUGAUCAAGGAAAACAGUUGAAAAGACGCAGAAAAAGAAAAAAAAAAUAUUUCAUUACAAAUAAAGUGUCGCGUUUAAUACAACCUUAACAGUAGUAGUAGUAGUUGUAGUAGUAGCGGUGGUCGCGGUGGUGAAUAUUUCUGAUGUUUGUUUUUUUGGAAAUUUCGUUCCAUCUUGAAAAAAAGUGAGUUUGUGUCAAAGCUAAAAGGAAAAUAUAAAUCGAAGGCACUUUGCUGUUAAACACCAGCAACAAAAAUACUUAAUUUACCUGUGACAUCAUCGUUCGCAUAUUGGAAAGCAAAAGCAAUCAGUGAAAAUACCAACAAGAAUAUCCUGAACAUCCGCACAAUAAAUUUAUUAAAACAACAACAACACCAGCAACAAUAGUCAAUAAUUUCAACAAACACUACAAUAAAACCUUUUACGUGUGAAUUUAAAAAUCCACAGGAUACUUAUAACGAAAGUUUCGACGACGAUAUGGAGGCUGAACGUGAUCUUGCUGAAGAUGCGCAAUGGAAGAAAAUUCAACAGAAUACCUUUACCCGCUGGGCGAACGAACAUCUCAAGACAAUAGAUCGUUCAAUUAAUAAUCUCGAAACCGAUCUAUCAGAUGGUCUGCGUUUAAUUGCCUUAAUUGAAGUUUUAUCACAGAAACGCAUGCCCAAAUAUAAUAAACGCCCAACAUUCCGUUCACAAAAGCUGGAAAAUGUUUCGGUAGCAUUGAAAUUUUUAGAAGAUGAAGGCAUCAAAAUUGUUAAUAUUGAUUCUUCCGAUAUCGUUGACUGUAAAUUAAAGUUGAUUUUGGGCUUAAUAUGGACUCUCAUCUUACAUUAUUCCAUAUCAAUGCCAAUGUGGGACGGUGAAGACGAAAAUCAGUUGAAUGGCACUGGUUCAACUCCCAAACAAAGAUUAUUGAAUUGGAUACAUACUAAGAUACCAGAUUUACCGAUUAAUAACUUUACCAAUGAUUGGACUACUGGUAGAGCCGUAGGUGCAUUGGUCGAUGCUUGCGCUCCGGGCUUGUGCCCUGAUUGGGAAGUCUGGGAUCCCAAGGAUGCUGUUCAAAACGCCUCAGAAGCUAUGGGCUUAGCAGACGAUUGGUUGAAUGUUAGACAGCUCAUCAAGCCAGAAGAAUUGGUUAAUCCCAACGUUGAUGAGCAAUCUAUGAUGACAUAUUUAUCGCAAUAUCCUAAUGCAAAGUUGAAGGCUGGUGCUCCAUUAAGACCCAAAACAAACCCCAAUAGCAUUCCUCCGCCGCGAGUACGCGCCUACGGUCCGGGUAUUGAACCAGUCGGUCCGGUGGUAGGAGCUCCAGCUAAUUUCACCGUUGAAACUUUUUCGGCGGGCAAAGGACUUGUCGAUGUUGACAUUGUAUCGCCCGAUGGCUUAAUUGAAAAAGCUGAUGUACGUUUUAACAACGACAAAAAUCUUACCUAUUCUGUCUCGUACAUUCCCAAAUUGGAGGGUGAACACAAAGUGUUUGUCAAAUUUUCGGGGCGUGACAUACCAAAAAGUCCCUUUUAUGUUAAGGUAGAAGGUCAUGCCGGCGAUGCAUCUAAAGUUAAAGUUACAGGCCCCGGUGUCCAGCCAAUGGGUGUAGUAGUCAGUAAGCCGACUUUCUUUGACAUUCUGACCAAAGAUGCUGGAAAAGGUGUACCAGAAGUUAUUAUCAUUGAUCCUGCCAAUCAUAAGACUUCCGUAGCCGCUAAAGUGCGUCAAAUUGAAAAUGAUGUGUGGCGUUGUGAAUAUGUUUCUGCUUUGACCGGCCUUCAUUCAGUUAACGUUUUUUAUGCUGGCACACCUGUACCGGGUAGCCCCUUCCCGGUAAAGAUAGCGCCCUUAUCGGAUGUCCGUAAAGUAAAAGCCUCAGGGAGAGGCUUACAACCUAACGGCGUCAGAGUAGGCGAUGAUGCGGAUUUCAAGAUAUAUACUGAAGGCGCUGGAGAAGGCAUGCCUGAAGUGCGAAUUGUUGGACCGGGCGGCAUGAACGAAAAUGUCGUUUUAACAAAAUUAGAUGCUCAUACAUACGAAUGUCAUUAUUUUCCUAUGAAAGAAGGCCGUUAUGUAGCUGUUGUUACUUUCGCUGGUCAAGAAAUUAACAAAUCACCGCUCGAAGUGAAAGUAGGCCCCCAAAAAGACUCUAACAUUGUCGCUUUCGGACCAGGUUUGCGGGGUGGAGUUGUUGGUUAUCCAGCUGCUUUUGUUGUAGAAACUAAUGGUGAAACUGGCGCAUUGGGCUUCACGGUGGCUGGUCCAUCUCAAGCAGAAAUCGAGUGUCACGACAACGGUGACGGCUCUGCUUUAGUGAAAUAUCAUCCUACAGCUACCGGGGAAUACUCGGUGCAUAUUCUAUGCGAUGAAGAAGACAUUCCCAAAUCGCCCUAUAUUGCUCAAAUUCUACCACGCACAGAUUACCAUCCCGAACACGUUAAAGCGUAUGGUCCAGGUUUAGAAAAAACCGGUGUCACUCUGGGAGAACCAACCCAUUUCACCGUUGAUACGAGCAAGGCAGGAUCAGCGCCACUAGAUAUUAUUGUCGAAGACAACCACGGCGAUAGAAUACCCGUUGAGAUCAAACCACAACCAGAUAAAACAUAUAAAUGCACCUACACACCUACUUCGAAUGUGCCGCAUAUGGUAGAAGUUAAUUAUGGUGGUGUGGCUGCGUCAAAUUCGCCCCACAGAGUCAAUGUUGGUGUUCCGGUUAACGCCAAUAAAGUUCAGUCGUUUGGUCCUUGGUUGCAGCCGGGCGUACGUCCCAACGUUGCCACACACUUCAAUGUGGAUUGCCGUGACGCUGGCGAAGCUGAAUUGAAAGUUAAAAUUGUUCACGACGAGACUAAAGUUGAGCUACCCUGUCGCGUCAUUGAUAACGAAGAUCAAACCUAUACUGUCGAAGUAAUACCGCCCUGCAAAGGCGCCUACACUACUACAAUGACUUAUGGCGAUCAACGUGUUCCUAUCGGUCAAAAAGUUUUGGUUGAAUCGCAAAUCGACGUGUCCAAAAUUAAAGUAGAUGGCCUUGAACCAAGCGUUGUGAUGAGUAAGCCGACCGAUUUCAUGGUGGAUAUGAGUAAAGUUGGAAGUGAUAUCGAUGCGAAGAAACUUUCUUGUUCGAUUUUCGAUCCAAAAGGUCAAGUGUUGCCAAGCGAAAUUGUGGCUGGUCUCAGUAACGAUGUAUUUCGGAUUAUGUAUACUCCGUUCGAGGCAGGCCGUCACACUAUUGAAUUAUUGUACGAUAACAUUCCGGUGCCGGGUUCACCAUUUGUAGUCAACGUAAACAGUGCUUGUGAUCCAACACGUUGCAAAGCCUACGGGACGGGUUUGAAUAGAGGCUUUGUUAAUGAAAAGAAUAAAUUCUCAGUGGAAACAAAAGGAGCCGGCAAAGGUGGUCUUUCGGUAGCCAUUGAAGGACCAUCAGAAGCGAAAAUGACUUGCGUCGAUAAUCGUGAUGGCAGUUGUGACGUGGAAUAUUUACCCACUGAAGUGGGUGAAUAUGAUGUAUCCAUACGUUUUGCCGACAAACAUAUACCCGGUUCACCGUUCUCGGUUGUGGUUGAGGAACGUUCCGAUCCUGCGAAAGUGAAAGUCUAUGGACCUGGUAUAGAACAUGGUGAAGUACGCGAAAAUGUGCCCACUCACUUUUAUAUCGAUGUGUCCGAGGCCGGUCCGGGACGCAUUGCCGUAAAAAUACAAAACUCCGAAGGCAAACCUUUAGAUAAUUUGCGUGUGGAGCAGAAAAGCGACGGUCUCUAUUGCGUUCAUUAUUCACCUCCCAAGGAAGGUUCCGUACUGACUUCCACAAUCACAUUUUCAGAUACUGAAGUGCCAUGCAGUCCGUUUGUUAUGAGUGUGUUCCCCAAAGCCGAACCCGCGAAAGUCAUAUUGAAGGGAGUAAAUGAGAAGAAAAAGACCCCCGCAUCAAAACCGGCUGAAUUUGAAGUGGAUACGAAAAAGGCAGGUGAAGCGGAUAUCGAUGUGAACAUUAAAAAUCCUAAAGGUAAACAUAUUGUCCCACAUCUUCACGAAACUGACACCGGCACUUAUGUGGUCUCAUUCACACCGGACGAGUGCGGAACAUACUACGUUACCGUUAAAUAUGGAGGUAAAGAAAUUGAAGGUUCACCAUUCAAAUUGGAGGCUGUUGCUAUCGGUGAAGCGAAAAAAUGUAAAUUUGUUGAACAAGCUCCUAAAAUACAACCAUCGGGCAGUAAAAGUCAUUUGACAGUAGAUGCACGCGAUGCCGGCGACGGAGCAGUAACGUGUAAAAUAACAUCGAAAGCUGGCAAAGAAAUUGUCGAUAUCGAUGUAAUUGAAAAAGAUGGCUUCUUCGAUGUAUUCUAUGCUUUAAAUGAUCCCGGCGACUACGAUAUUAAUGUGAAAUUUGGCGGCAAAGAUAUACCGAACGGCAGCUUCUCUAUUAAGGCUGUCGAAAGUAUUGAAGAGUAUAGCGCAUAUUUCGAAGAACACACUAAAGUUAUUAAAUCUACAACUCAGACGACUGAACAUUUGGUUAACGGUAGAUCAGAAACUACUUAUAGAGCUGUUGCUUUCGAGAAAUUCCCAGUACCUACAACCGGCGGAAUUGUUGUUGCUGAAGUCAAAAUGCCUAGCGGUAAAGUUGAUAAACCUAUAAUCCAAGACAAUCGUGAUGGCACUGUUUCUGUUAAAUAUGAACCCAAAGAAGAAGGCACACAUGAAUUGGUGGUAAAAUAUAAUGGCGAACCCGUUCAAGGAUCUCCGUUUAAAUUCCAUGUCGACUCUAUAACAUCCGGUUAUGUAACGGCUUAUGGUCCGGGCUUAACUCAUGGCGUUACCGGCGAACCAUGCAAUUUUACUAUUUCUACCAAGGGUGCUAGCGCCGCUGGGUUAACUAUGGCAGUGGAAGGUCCCAGCAAAGUGGACAUAAAUUAUCACGAUAACAAGGAUGGCACCGUAUCUGUUCAGUAUUUACCUACUGCUCCCGGUGAAUAUCAUAUUUCAGUUCGUUUUGGUGAUAAGCACAUUAAGGGCUCACCCUACGUCGCCAAAGUUACUGGCGAAGGUCGUAAACGUAAUCAGAUAUCAGUCGGUUCGUGCUCGGAAGUUACUAUGCCCGGUGUGAUCACAGAUGAUGACUUGCGUGCUUUAAACGCUUCAAUUCAGGCUCCCAGCGGCCUAGAAGAGCCUUGCUUCUUAAAGCGUAUGCCAACCAAUAAUAUUGGCAUUUCAUUUACGCCUCGCGAAAUUGGUGAACAUAUGGUUUCGGUGAAGCGCAUGGGCAAACACAUACCGAAUUCUCCUUUCAAAGUGACUGUCAUGGAACGCGAAGUUGGCGAUGCAAAGAAAGUUAAAGUAUCUGGCGUUGGCCUUAAAGAGGGCAAAACUCACGCUGAAAAUGUAUUUUCCGUUGAUACCCGUAAUGCUGGAUAUGGCGGUUUAUCCGUAUCCAUUGAAGGCCCCAGUAAGGCAGAAAUCCAAUGUACCGACAAAGAUGACGGUACUUUAAACAUCUCCUAUAAACCUACCGAGCCAGGUUAUUACAUUGUUAAUUUGAAGUUUGCCGAUCAUCAUGUUGAAGGAUCACCGUUCACUGUCAAAGUUACGGGUGAAGGCAGUAAUCGUAAACGGGAAAAAAUCCAACGUGAGCGAGAUGCGGUCCCAGUUACCGAGAUUGGCAGCAAAUGCAAGCUAACUUUCAAAAUGCCCGGUAUUACUUCAUUCGACUUGGCUGCCCGCGUAACUUCACCUAGCAACGUUACUGAAGACGCCGAGAUACAAGAGGUCGAAGAUGGUUUGUACUCUGUACACUUUAUACCCAAAGAGUUGGGUGUUCAUACAGUAUCGGUACGCUACAAGGACAUGCAUAUCCCUGGCUCUCCCUUCCAAUUUACGGUCGGUCCUUUACAUGACUUCGGUAGCCACUUAGUUAAAGCCGGUGGAUCAGGUUUAGAGCGCGGUGUGGUUGGUUUACCCUGUGAAUUUAAUGUGUGGACCCGUGAAGCUGGUGGCGGCUCCUUGGCCAUUUCGGUUGAAGGUCCCAGUAAAGCCGAAAUUGAAUUUAAAGAUCGUAAAGAUGGUUCCUGCGAUGUGUCUUACAAAGUGACGGAGCCGGGAGAGUAUCGCGUAGGCUUGAAAUUCAACGAUCGUCAUAUUCCAGAUUCACCCUUCAAAGUUUACAUUUCACCGGAUGCCGGUGAUGCUCAUAAACUGGAAGUGCAACAAUUCCCCGAAGGUAACAUUCAAGCUGACGCUCCUUAUCAGUUUAUGGUGCGCAAAAAUGGCGCUAAAGGUGAAUUAGAUGCCAAAAUUGUGGCUCCAUCGGGCACCGAUGACGAUUGCUUCAUUCAAGCCAUCGACGCCGAAAUGUAUUCGAUACGUUUCUACCCGCGUGAGAAUGGUAUACAUGCAAUUCACGUGAAAUUCAACGGUGUUCACAUUCCCGGAUCACCGUUUCGCAUUAAGGUCGGUAAAGAUGUAGCUGAUCCGGCCGCCGUUUCAGCAUCUGGUUCAGGUCUCGAAACAGUUAAAACCGGUCACAAGGCAGAUUUUAUUAUUAACACGUGCAACGCUGGUGUUGGUACUUUAUCGGUAACUAUUGACGGGCCGUCGAAGGUAGCUAUGGACUGCACUGAAGUUGAGGAAGGCUAUAAAGUGCGUUACACACCACUGCUACCUGGAGAUCAUUAUGUUUCAGUAAAAUAUAAUAAUAUGCAUAUCGUUGGUUCACCUUUCCGUGUCAGUUGCGAAGGUGAUAAAUUGGCUGACGUCGGGGCUCAAGAAACAUCUACCGUGGUUGUAGAUACUGUAGCGAAAUUUUCUAAAGGCGGUAAAAAUGCUGGCAUCCAUAUGCCGACCUUCAAAUCGGAUGCCACACAAGUCACUUCCAAAGGCAUGGGCCUAAAGAAAGCUUUCAUCGGUAAACAGAACACUUUCACUGUCAAUGCUACAGAUGCUGGCAAUAAUAUAUUAUAUGUAGGCAUGUAUGGUCCUAAAGGUCCCUGCGAAGAAUUCACCAUUAAACACACCGGUCGCAACAACUAUAAUGUUAGCUAUUCGGUACGCGAUCGUGGUCAAUACAUAUUAAUAGUCAAAUGGGGUGAUGAAAAUAUCCCCGGUUCACCUUUCCAGAUCGAUGUCUAGACGCAGAGAAGAAGCAACGAUUAAGCUAACAACUAUUCCCUCCCUAUUCAGGCCGAACAUAUUUUUUUUUUUUAUCUCUUAUGAUAUUUGAAAGAAACUGCUAAGCUUAAAAAAAA